AUGAAUUUAAACUCAAUUCUGAAGAGCUUAGAUUCAUGUGGUUAUUUUGGCCACAUAUUGAGUACAGAAGAAGGUAUUGUACUGCAUAAUUCCCUACUAAUCCUCCAAAACGAGAAUCAUUUUCGGCAAAUUUUCUUCUGGGGCAAAAUAUUGGGUGUUGAAAAAGAUUACUAUAUAGCUUAUGGAUAUUCCAGAGAUAUUCUGUAUGGUAAAGUAUAUUAUUACAGCAGAAAUUGUACUGAUUGGGGGCUGCUACCUAAACCCACUAAGAAUGGACUUGUUUUAACACCUCUAUGUACUUCAAAGUUCCAAGGAGAUCCUUCUUUGGUAAUAGAUGUGCUGAUAGAUAAAGAUGAAAUAUUGAUUCCUGGUAAGAGAAAACAGCCAGAACUGAGAAAACUCAAAGAAGAAGAUCGCUUAGCAUCUACAGUGUAUCAGAUAAUGGAUGAGGCUGGAGUGGUUCCCAGAGGAGCCCUUUUUAGAAGACCAGAUGGCAUUGUAGUAGAAAACUCAAGUUUUGAAGGUCUUUCUACUCUGGAAGCUAGAGAAAUAAAAUCAUUCCUGCAUUUCAGACCACCAACAAGAAAACAGAACUCAAACCUAUUAACACGUGAUGAUUUCAAUUAUGCCAUGGAUUUUUUGGAUCCACUAGAUAUUGAUUUACCUGAAGGAUGUUGGAUAAUUCAGAUCACACCUGCUGAAGAUAUGGCUAUAGUGAAAUCCAUCCAUUGGCCGGGUUUGUUGUCAUAUCAUUUUUGUAAAACACCCAAACAUGGUUUCAUUUAUUUUGGUCAUGGAAAGAAAAGUUUGGAUGCACCUUUCAUGCUCAGCCCUUUCUGCAUGUAA